UUGAUGGCUGUUGUCACACACCAAAACAAAACAACACGACGGCAAUCGGCACAGAAUAAUUGCAAACGAUCCCUUAGACAUUUUGAUUCAAACUUUUUCUCAAUAAAUCCACAUUUUGGAAAAUGUACACAUUGUUGAGUGGUUUUUAUAAGUAUCUCACACAGAAGGAUGAGUAUUGCAUAUUAAUACUGGGACUGGACAACGCUGGAAAAACGACCUACCUGGAGGCGGCAAAGACGAAGUUUAGCAAGAACUACCGAGGAAUGAAUCCGAGCAAAAUUACGACAACCGUGGGUUUAAACAUUGGCCAGAUCGAUAUUGCUGGCAUACGGAUGAGCUUUUGGGAUUUGGGUGGCCAGCAAGAGCUGCAGUCACUGUGGGAUAAAUAUUACUCGGAAUCGCAUGCCGUUAUCUACGUCGUCGAUUCGAAUGAUCGUGUUCGCAUGAAUGAAUCAAAGGAAGUGUUCGAUCGUAUGAUCAGCAAUGAGUAUUUAUCGGGUAUUCCCUUGCUAGUGCUAGCUAACAAACAGGAUCUGCCAGAUUGCAUGGGUGUGCGGGAAAUAAAACCCGUCUUCCAGGAGUCCGGUCAUCUCAUCGGACGCCGAGACUGUCUCGUGAUGCCUGUAUCAGCGCUUACCGGGGAAGGUGUUGACGAGGGUAUAAAAUGGUUGGUUGAGUCCAUUAAGCGCAAUUCAAUCAUUCGACCACCAAAAACGGAAGACACUUGAUCGUAAUUGAAUGUAUCAAUGCUUUUAUUUUUCUUGCGUAUUACGAUUGUGAUAAAGCUGGGUGGCGAUUCAGAGAAGCUAUACAAACCAGAGUGGCAGUUUUUUCUUCAAUAGAAUUAUGUUGUGUAUCACACUUACAUCAUAAUUUAAGUUCUUUAUUUCAGGAACGAUCAAUGUCAACAACAACUUCUACCAGCUAAUAAGAAUGGCGAAAAGCAUUGAAACUAUUUUGUUGAUGCCAAAUAAAAGUCUUCACAGCCUUA